CUCAACGAACACAAAAUCCGGUUAGGGAUUAGGAAAUUCAAACUUUCUCAGCCUCUAAAAUCCCCCCCUCUCUUUCCUCCUACCUUUUUAUAUACUACGGAGUAUUAAAGUAGAAAUUAAGAUUUGUGAACAAGAUUAUAAAUUUUGAGAUAUAGAGAGAGUAGAUAGAGUUAAGAGAUGUCAAAGAAGGGAGCACUACAGAAAGAUGUACCAUGGAGAGCAAACCCAAAUGGUGGAAAACCAAUUCCUAAAAUCCAUCACUCCCCACUUCUUCGUAUUCAACAAAACCCUAAUUCUAAUUAUGCUCUUGCUGUCAUGAAGCAUCCUGAUCCUAUUGGGAAAGGUUUUGCAAGUGAAGCUACAGUUGAAGCUGCUGGUCCUGAUUGUCUUGUUCCUGGUCAGAUUACUCCGAUCAGAUUACUUGGUCUCAAGGUUUGGCCUAUUGAUAUUAACAUGAAGUUUAUGGAACCUGUGGAUAAAGAACUUAAAAACCUCGGCAGGUUUAUGGAUUCAGCUCUCAACCUUAUGAAUGCAUCAUUUCAAGAUCGUUAGGACCUUAUGUCUUUCUUCUGUCAAAAAGCCGGAGCCUCAUCAAUAACUUGUUCAUAUAAGCAGAGUAAUACUUAUCGAGAAGAUCUCCUUGUGUUGUGGUGUUGAUUUUUGGCCCUAAAACUUUAUACAUCCAUGACGGCCUUGAAAUCUGUAUGUUCUGUUGCGUAAUUCGACGUUCUGCACAACUUUUCUAUGAAGUUUUUUUUUCCUAAUAAUGAACGUCUUCUACUCUCUUACAUGUGAAAUACUGUCUUCUCUGGUUGACUGUUGCAAUUGUUUGCUUAAGUUAUAGAUGUUCUGCUACUCCACAUGAAAAUCAUAUUUUAAAGAAGAUCAA